ACCGAACGCCUACUUCAGGAUAUGGUACCGUACGAGUGACAUAACCUUACCUCCACAUCCUCCGGCGGCGGUGACAGGAGCGGAUCUUUCACGGUGGAGUUUUGGUUCCACGGCAGAACAGUUUGUAUAGCAUUUUUAAUCGACUCUGUCAUUUCGUUUCUGCGUCUCUGACGUCUGUAAGUAUCGAGCCGCUCUCUUAUACCGUUCUCGGUCAUGACAGCCUGUCAAACGCACACGUCAGCUGUCUAUCAGUCGGCUGUGCUCCGCUGUGCUACAAUGCUGCAUUCAAUUGUAUUCAAUCGCUCGUCGUACAUUCGUGUCAACGACAUUGUAAAUAGGAACGGUGUACAUUAAGGGCGACCAAACUUCUUCGUCGCGGGCCGUAUGUUUUCUCCUUUCAGCUACAUAGUUAGUUCCCCCACCACCGAAAAUGAGCGGCGACCGAUGAGUGACGAGAGGAAUUGGCGCGUGUCUCUGCGUUUUAUUUUGCAAGUUUCGAAAAAAUCGAACCGUAUCGAAUCACACAUUCUCUAUGCAAUUGCAUUUGUAAUCAUAGUAUAGUAAAUACAGAUCUGACCAAUGAGAAAAGAAUUUUGUUCGAAGAUGCGACACGUUAAAUAUCGAUAACGUUUCGAUGUUAUCGAUAUCCGCCAAUAACUUUAUCGAUGAUCCCGCGUCUGAACUGAACGUAGUUCUGAAUUCGAAAUGUUGUUAUGCAUAGAGAAAGAAAGAGACGCGUGCAUCAAGCAACGAAAACCGGAAAAUCUCUUCGAGAUUAUCGUGCGAAAAAUGAAGGCGAGAAAGAGUCACGCGAUCAAUGACGAUUUAGCGAUCGAUCCCGUAUUGGACGGGCAAUGCGUUCAGAUAAGCAUGCCGACCAAUUUCGGCGUUUCCUUCUUGGUUUCCGGCGUGCUGUCGAUCAUAUUCAAGACAAUGACCGCGCCGUUAGAGAGGAUCAAGCUGAUUCUACAAACUCAGGCGAGCAGCCAUCAGAUCGGAGCAUCGGAGAGGUCCGCGUACAAAGGUUUUAUCGAUGCGAUGGUUAGGAUACCACGGGAACAAGGUUUCUUCUCGUUGUGGCGCGGUAACUUCCUGAACAUCUGCCGGUACUUUCCGGCCCAGGCGAUUAACUUUUCUUUCUACAAUGUGUACCACGGUGCCUACCAACGUAUAAUCCAACCGAGGACGAACUUUAUGCAACACCUGAUAUCGUUUCUGGCGGGCGGAAGCGUCGGCGUCACGUCCUGCGUUAUCCUGUACCCGCUGUCGUUCUGCAUCACCCGAAUAGCCGUGGACGUCGGCGACAGUGACAAGGUUAAGAGGCAGUUUCGUAAUUUGAACGAUUGCUGGCGGAAGGUCUACAAAAUCGACGGCUACAAGGGCGUUUAUCAGGGAAUGGUCUGCUCGGCCGGUGGCAUGUUUUUGUACAGGUCCAUUUAUUUCGGAGCGUACACGUUCGGCAAGCAUUGGUACGUGGACCAACGUGCGAAAGGCUUCCGAGUCUCGCCGGUGUUAAUGUCCCUGGUGUUCGCGCAAUCGGCCAGUAUCGCGGCGACGCUGAUCAGCUAUCCGUUGGAUACGAUAUCCAAGCAGAAAAUGCUUCACAGCGGGCAACUGGGUCCACGCGGCUACGAGACGAUACGGCAAGUGGUUGCCAGGAUCGUAGAGACCGACGGCCUGGCCGGCUUUUACAAGGGCAUUCUGACGAACUUGUUGACCACAGUCUGCGGAUCCUGUAUUCUAGUGACCUACGACCUAGUGAUAACGCGGUACGAGAAUUUCAAAGAACGAAGGUUUCCACGGAAGUUCGAGGACUCGGAAAGUCCGGACAUGCGAUGAGAACUAUACCGUACGCAUAGUUGUUCGCCAACUACAUACAGACAAUAACAUUCUGCGGGAUCUGCUGAACAUUCCCGGAGAUCGUGUCCUGCUAAUAAAACAACAAUUGUUACAACAAU